AUGUAUUACUGUGCAACUGAUAGACAACAAAAAGAUGUUGUUAUUGAAACAAGCGUGUGUGCUGAUAUAAUUAGUGAUUGGUUUGAAUUUUUGCGAGAUAUUAUAGCUAAACAUAUGCCUGAAUCUUUUGAGACGAUUGGCGGAUUAGAUGAGAACAAUAAUCCCAUUAUUGUUGAGAUAGACAAGCUUCAAUUUUCUAAAAGAAAAAAUAACAGAGGCCGAAUUGGUAACCCGGCCUGUGUAUCUGAUAAGGUUGAGAGGGAAACUCGUAAAUGCUUUGCAGUGAUCGCGGAAAAUCUAUCACGAUCUGUAUUAAUGCCAAUAAUAUGCAAUAAAAUAGCAACUGGUUCUCAUAUUAUUUCUGAUCAGUAA